AUGUUCAAACACAGCCUCGCUUGCCUUCGACCAGGCGGUUGCAAAUGCAAUCUUGGCGAAUGUUCCUCUGAAUCAACACCACCAGUGAGUCAAUCCAAACCCGAGAGUCUAGGCGGGGUCGUUGCGUCAAAGCGUAUACGGGAUGAUGAUACCAUUGAAUUACAUGUUAGUGUUAGAGCUGCUCAACCUUCACCUGAACCUGCUGCUCCCGAACCUGCUCCUGAACUUAUUACCAACAAUGAACCUGCUCCCGAACCUGCUCCUGAACCUAUCCCCGACAAUGAUGAAGUCGUAGUUAUCGACAGUUCUUCUCACGGGUCCUCGGUUCGAUCAGGCUCGGAGAGCGCAACUGACUACACUGAUCCAGACACAGUCAUGGACUCUUCUCAUGGGUCCUCGGUUCGAUCAGGCUCGGCGAUAGCAACUGAAUACAUUGAUCGAGACAUAGACAUGGACAGGUCUUCUUAUGGGUCCUCGGUUCGAUCAGGCUCGGCGAUGGCAAUUGAAUACAUUGCUCGAGACAUAGACAUGGACAGGUCAUCUCAUGGGUCCUCGGUUCGAUCAGGCUCGGCGAUGGCAAUUGACGAUCCAGACAUAGUCAUGGACUCUUCUUAUGGGUCCUCGGUUCGAUCAGGCUCGGAGAUGGCAAUUGACCACAUUGAUCGAGACAUAAUCAUGGACCGGUCUUCUCGUGAGUCCUCGGUAAGACCCGCACUGCACGAUCCGACAAAAGAUUACUAUCUAGAAUUGCGAAGAUUUGCUAGCGCCGGAGCACACUACCAAACAUGGAUCGAGAACCCACAAGCACCAGGCUGCACAGUCAAACCAGCAACGACGACCUGGCGGGAUAUGCAAAAGCUGCACCCCCGACCGUGGGGAUCGUUCGACGAGGGGGGCGUGUCGAUGACGUCCCAGCUCAGAGGCGGGGAUCCUGAAUCACUGCAACUGUCCGAUAAAGCCAAGCGGGCAUAUUUGAAGGCCAGGGUCUCACAGAGCAGCGCUCCCGGUACAAGAAAGACACCAUAUCCCGACAACCACUUCGAAGGCCGAAUGGCCGAGGGGAUUAUUGUCGUCGAUUUUGCCAUUCGGAACGACGGUCUGUAUCUUAGUGAGGUUAUGCGGGGUCUGUAUACGGCCAGUUGGCCCAUUCAGACAUUGAGACAUAUUGUUUUCACUGAUCUUGAAGAAAUGGAGACGGGGAAGUGGAUGCAGGGCACGCUGUUCCCGGAUUAUAUUGGAAUGCAGUGGUGGGAGGCGGUUGAUAAGCCGCCUGUGCAGAUUGAGCGUGGGACUUUGCCUUUCGCGGAGCUGCUUGGGACAAAACUGGGGAAGGCGGUUGCUUGUCUUGUGCUUGGGGCUUGGCCUAGGGGGUCGAUGAGGAUUGCGAGGGCUUUUGUGUGGAAUCAUCGUGAUGUGCCGCAGUUGAGGUUUGAUCUUGAGCUGACCAACCCUAAGCUUAUGGAUUUAUCGUGGAGGGCAGCAAUCCGGAAGCGGGUACUUGACUCUGUAUAG